AUGAGUAGUAAUACAGACGCUCGUCGACAUGAAAUUGAGGUACGUAUUGAUGCAGCUUUACGAAAUGCUCAAUACGCCUUAACAGUGAAUAAGGAACAAAACAUCUUUAGUGCCAUGACAGAAACACAUACAGCUCUAACGGCACUCUCUGCAUAUCUCGCACUUCCAAACGGUUCUCCAAAGGCAGCAGCAAUAACACAUCGUACGGCAAAGCUGUGGAAAUCCAUCAUCAAUCAUUUUGGAGGCGGUUCCAGCAGUACAAGUAUAUGCGUAAGCAGAACGCUAAGUGAAGUGGAUCCUGGCGAUGAUGUGUGGUCCUCUGAACAGCAGUUAGCAUCAGUCGCUAGUGACGAAAAAGACCAUCAAGAAUUACAGGAAGUGGUAGAAAGGCUUGAAACAUUACGCAAAGAACAGGAGGAGACACUCCAGAAAUUACACACUGCUCAAGAAGAAAUUAAUACACUCAAAAAUAACGCGGAAAAGCGUAAUCAUGAGUUCAUACUAAAUGAAGAAAGUAUGAAGAAGCUGCAAAACGAUAACCAGGCCCUCAAGCAAGAUUUGGAAGAAGAAUGUAGAAAAACAGCGGAAUUAGAAAAGGAAUUAGAAAAUGCAAAAGAGGAUCUGCAAAAAGAAGAAAAUACGAAGAAGUCUCUUCAGCUUUCACUUGAUCAACUCCGCAGUGCUCAAAACACAAUGGCAAGCGGUAAAGAGAAGACUGUCGAUAUGGAAGAGCAUGAAGCACUGAAAACCCAAGUAAGAAUACUUCGACAGGCUCUAAGAGAAAUGAAUCAAAAUUCUCCAGCAGCACAGAUUAAAGCAGGAAAACGAACACUUGCUGAUCUAGAACAAGAACACCAAGAGCAACUCGUCGCUCUAAAGUAUACAAUUGAACAACAGUUCAACCAAGAGACCAAAAACAUUCAACAGAUCGCUGAUCUAAGAAAAACCAUUGAUACACUCAAUGAAAGCUUAUCCAGAGAAAAAGAGCGGGCGGAACAGGCAGAACGCGCUGUAACAGAUGGUGUUCGUAGUACUGAGAAGCGCCACCGUGAAGAGUUAUCCACACUUCAAAUG